ACCGGAGCGUGCGCCCAUGAGGGUGUGAGGAACCGCAGGCGAGAGAGGAAGUUGUUGAUGGCCGGUCACGGGUUCCCAGGGCUUUCUCCAGCUGCAGGAAGCUUGCUCGCACGCUCCAGAGAUGGAGCAGCUCAGGGACGUUCUGCCGGCGCUGUGGAUGGUGCUGUGCCUGGUGCUGUGGGUGGCAGCCCAGCUCCCUGCGGGUGGCCAAGGGUGCGAGGACAGGGCUGUGCCUGCCGGAGGAGAGCUGCGGCUGCUGCCCAAGGGACCACUGCCAGCGUGGGAGGCAUUGGAAUGGAGAGUGGCACUGGAUUCAGGAACCCGGCUGGUCAUCAUGAGGGCUACAAAGGAUAAAGUUCCAGUUUUCAAGGGUUCUUUUUCUGUGAGAAGCACCUUCUUCCCGGAGACCCUCUCCCUGAGCAUCAGCCCGGUCACCCAGGCAGACAGCGGCAACUACUCUGCAGAUUUUGAGACUGAAUCUGGCUUCGUUCCUCAUCAGCGGUUCUGCGUGUCGGUGUGGGAGCCCGUCAGCCAGCCAAACCUGCAGGUGCGCAUGCUGCAGCAGGAGCAGGGCUGGUGCAACAUCUCGCUGCUCUGCUCCGUGCCGGGUGCUGCCAACGUCUCCUACAGCUGGUCCCAUGAUGGGGCUCCCCUGGGGCACGGGAACGUGCUGUCGGUGCAUGGGGACUCCGAGCCCAGGACCUACGUCUGUAACGCGAGCAACCCGGUCAGCUGCAGCACGGCCAGCAUCGACACCGCGACGGUCUGCCUCCCUCCGGGCGCAGUGUCUUCCAUCCUGUGGUGGGCAGUGGCCGUGCCGCUGGUGCUGGCUGUCUCCAUCGUCGCCUUUGUCGCCUGCUGGUGCUGGAGGAAGCGACGAAAGGCCAGCUCGGCAGCUCCCCCAGAACACAUCGAGCCAUCGCUGACUGUCUAUGAGGAAGUGGGCAAAGUCCAAGCUGGCCAAGACCUUAACAGGAACAGGGAGGCCAAUGCAGUAGGAAACACUAUCUAUGCCGUGGUCUCCACCAAAGCACAGGUGGGGCUCCAACCCAGGGGAGGGAACCUGGGUGGCCCCCUGGGCAGAGGGCUGCCCCUUUUGCCCAUAAUUUGCUUUUCAUCGCACGUUUUAACUGUUUUGCCCUGGCAGGGGCCCAGAAGCUUUCAGGAGCCCCAAACCUGCACCAUCUACUCCACUAUUCAAGCUACCAAGAAGUCCCCUUCCAUCAGGAGGAAGAAGCUGGAUCCAGCUCUGGUCUGCACUGCCUACACAGAGCCUACGGUGCCUUUGAAACACUGGAGUCCCCCACCACGGGGCUUGUCCCUGUCUCCUGCGGACCACCACCUCUCCUAGCCCCUGGCCAUUUUGGCAAGACCUCUUCUUCUCCUGGAGCCAGCACCCAAGGGGCAGCACCCACGGGGAGCUGGGGAUUUGCUCAAGAUGAGAACAUCCAGAAAUGGGGUUUUACAAGGACUGCAAACCCAAACUGCGCCUUGGAGGCUUUGCUGCAAUGGAAGGGGGACCGGCUGGGUGGUUGAAGCUUGUCUUUGGAGGAGACGGCUUUGAAAUCUGGACUGUGCGUCGGUGGGAGCUGAGGAUGCAUGAUGUGUGUUAGUGCCAGUGUAUGAGCUUUUCUUUUUUUUUUUUUUAUAGUUUUUGACAGAUCCAAUACACCUUGUGAAUUCAUUUUUAAGUGUGAAUAGAAGCCGAACUGCAAGAGGCAAUUGUGGGGCUGGUUUAAUUAGAUUAAUUGACUAUUUAUAGCCUGAAAUAUAAAUUGGAGGGGGAAGGAGGGGGGGGUGGAUCACCUUGCUCUGGGAUUGGGAGCCUCUGAAGCCAAUGCUGAGGAACUUGGAAAAGUUUCUGCUGUGUGAACUGGGGUGGCCCUGGGGAUGGUUUCAGGGCAGGAGCAUGAUGCUGGGCAUGGCCUCGAGCACCCGGAGCCAUCCUGUGUCCAGCAAUGCCCCCAUGUCCCUUCCCACUGAAGUUAUCCUAUGGCACGAGUCGCUCUGGGAGAAGGGAGGGGAGGAGAAAGAGGGGCUCUGGCUUCAAACAUCUCACCAAAGGCAAGAUCAAGGGAUUUUAUUUGGGAUUAAAAUUAAAUGCGCCACUUUGAUGGAUGCUUUCUCCUGAUGGUGCUGCCUGCUCCCCUCUCGUCUGAUUCCCUGCAUCAAAAUAUCUUUGUGUCUGCUCUCUGUGAAAGGAGCACUAAUGGGGAUCGUUAAUGGGGAGCUGUGCUGGGGGGGUGCUGGGGAGGAGCUGGCUGUCACAGCAAGGAAACCUGGGGGGCAGGCGCAGCACAUCGGGGCUCAGGCACCGCCGUGCUUCUGCCGAUCGGUGCCAGCCCGCGCCCUGUCUUCAGCACUUCAGGGCAUGCAGGUGUGAGCGGAAUACUUGUCGCACUAAAUGCGGGUGAAUGCAAAUGCAAAUGAACAUAAGGAGACUUUU